AUGGGAAAGUCGGAAUUUCGCCGCACUGGAGACGCUCGAAAAGCAGAGUAUUUCGCUCAGCCGCCUCGGUACUUCACUGUGCUCCGUUCGGCAUUGUUGCCGCAUCUUCCACAACCUAAGGCGUGUGACUUUGCCAUCUGUGGUCCACUCGUACCUCUGUCGACUGUUUUGGAAGGCGCAACCGCGGGACGAUGUCUGCUUGACGAAGCCGUGGCGGAAGACGAGCAAGGUGACGGCGUUGAACCCACAGUGCAGCCGCCUCGGUACUUCACUGUGCUCCGUUCGGCAUUGUUGCCGCAUCUUCCACAACCUAAGGCGUGUGACUUUGCCAUCUGUGGUCCACUCGUACCUCUGUCGACUGUUUUGGAAGGCGCAACCGCGGGACGAUGUCUGCUUGACGAAGCCGUGGCGGAAGACGAGCAAGGUGACGGCGUUGAACCCACAGUGGUACGAGGGAAACCAUCGGCAUCACCGCCAGGGAUCCACGCCUAUGUCAACCGUGUCCUUGGCCGUAUCUUACCUGGAGCCAAUGUUAUUACCAACGUGACGUCGCAUUCGUUCCGGCGUGGUGGAGCUCACGGAUCGCGGGAACUGGAACAUGUCCGCUACGAACAAGUUGUUCACAUCGAAUUCUUCAAAGCCCACUUGUUCAGCGGCUGUACGGGAUUAUCCAACACUGUGCUCAACGUCAGUCCUCAGGUUGUGGAUGUCCUGUGUGCUUACCUAAUCAAGGCAUUGCCCCCCUUCCAAUCAAUGAAGCCAGAUUCGCCCCUUGUGAAGCGAGUUGACCAAGCCAUUUCAGCGUCCGGUGUUGAUCUUGCAGAGAUGGCGUCUUGGUCUAUCCACUUGGCACAAGUUCAAACAACGAACACCUCAGAGCAGGAUGUUCCAAGCUCAAAGUACCUCCGAAUGAUCGAGCACCAGGCAGCUGUGAUCGACCAGUUAAUUGACCACACAAAAACAAUGUCCAAACGUAUUCGAGACGUCGAGCAUCAGGUUGGCUUGAAAACGUCUCCGACGAGUCUUCACCUACCAAGUCACUGCUGCCGUGAGUCUGAUGAAGAAAAGCCAGGAGAGCGCCGCAAACGCAAAAAUACCUGCCUCUGGGAGUGUUGGUACGACUGGUUUGUAAACCAUGCGCACUCCACCGAACUUGACAAGCAGUGGAAGUCCACGAUGCGGCGCUGCGUUGCCUACAUGCAUUUGUUUGCCGACAACCUCGAUGUAGACGAGAGUGCAGCGACCUACCGUGACACUGUUCUUGCCGAUGGUCACAUUCUGGCAGCAAAGGUACUUGCGUUUCUUGUGGAGCGCGGUGUGUCGGCAUCGUCAACAGGGUCCGUCGAGCGCAAGCUACGCGCUAUUCACAAGAAAGGAGAGCUGGGUGUGCUCAUUCUACAGUCCAUGGCCCGACCACCCCGACGGCAACCCCACGUUGCCCUACCAUGGGCACAGUUGUUCACGGUGGCACAGGGUUGGACACGCCAAUCAUACGACAACAAAUCCCACAAGCAGGGCGAGCGGGGCACUUGGUUUGCAGCGUAG